AUGGCUACUUACACUCAAGAACGAGCAGCUGAGCUCAGGGAGAACAUCGGGGCUGUCCUAAAUGCCAUUGACAGUGCUGCUGGACCCAGUGUCAAGCCCCGGUUGGUGGCUAUCUCAAAGCUCAAGCCUGCUUCAGACAUUCAGGCUCUGUAUGAUGCUGGGUAUCGUCACUUUGGAGAGAACUACAUUCAGGAGCUGGCGGACAAGGCGGCGAUAUUGCCCAAAGACAUACAAUGGCACUUUGUUGGAUCUUUGCAGAGUAACAAGGCCAAACUAGCAGCUUCGAUCCCCAACCUGUACUGCCUCGAAACGCUGUCAUCGAUCAAGGUGGCCGAUCUUCUGGAAAGAUCCAUAUCGGAUCGACCUGCCCUCAACGUCUAUCUGCAAGUCAAUACGUCUGGCGAGGAUUCGAAAUCAGGGCUUUCGCCUCUGACUCAAGACCGAGAUGAGCUCCUUCAACUCGCCCUGCAUGUCAAACGGUCAUGUCCUCAUCUCAACCUGUUAGGUCUCAUGACUAUCGGAUCGUUUGGAUCCUCGCACGACACGUCCAAUCCCAACCCCGACUUUACAUGCCUGAAGCAGUCACGGGAUGAAUUGAGGAGAAAACUAGUAGAGGCCGGCUUGGAAUGCAACGACUUGGAGUUGAGCAUGGGCAUGAGUGCCGAUUUCGAGCAGGCGACGAGGGAGGGUAGUAGUAGCGUCAGAGUGGGCACAAGGAUAUUCGGGGAGCGACCAAGAAAGAACUAA